UUGGAGCGUCAUCUUUCAAGGAGGCUUGCUCGACUCAUCAUGAAGAUGAGGGUGCUGAAGGAGAUGACGAUAUAGUAGAAGAUGGCAAAAAUGAAGUCUUGCCGGGAUCGUCUUUACUUGGUAAAAGAGAACGAGUCGAUGAUAUUCCGGCUACAGAGGUGCAUAAAAGAGCUUGUUUGGAGGCUGAUUCAAAAUCAACCGGUAAAAUCCUCCCCUCUUUUCUUUAAAAGACAGUAUCUUUUACAUAUUUAUUAUUUCUUUUCAUAUGCAGACCUUCUGGUAGAGUCAAAAUUGGAUGAUGAUCUGAUAGACGCUUUAUCACCUUAUGGCGACGAAGUGGACUACGAGCCUACACCUUCACCACCUGAAGCUCCUGAUAUGGGCGUACCACUUGACGAGGACGUCGGCAUUAACGUGAGUAGCGGUACAGGAGGUUUCCAGAGUGAGGUGCCUAUUGCGGUCAGAUCAUUUUUGAUUGACCGCACAACGGAUAUCAUGAAGACGUUCGACCGUCGACGAUUCAGAUCAGCUCGAGAGGAAGUGUCCAAGUAUUGUCAGUGCAUUUCCUCACUUGGAAUUGAUGUAUUUGAAUUGGAUGGGCGUAUAAAAUCCGUGUUUGAUCAUGCCGAGGUCAUUGAAGAAUUAGAGUCAAGUCCGAGUUUCGCUUCAGCUGUUCGGCUCGUGAAUGCUGAUGAGGAUCUGGCGCUAAAGAAAAGGAAGCUUGCUUCUCACAUCAGCACAAAAAGUUCUAUUCUCAAAGCUUCAGAAGGUGUCUCUUUGGAGCUUCAACAGACUAGAGAGAAAAUAAGAGAGCUUGAGGAGCACAUUUUGCAGUUAAAGAGUACAGAAGCAGAGUUGUCAGUUAAACUCGAAGUGGCCAACGACUCUUUAAAGAAAUUAACGCCGACUGAAGAAGAACUGCAGAAGGACGUUGCUGAUGCGGAGAGGGAAUAUGCUGCAGCCACUGAAGAUUGUAAAGCUUCCAAAGAAUCCGCCGGUCUCCGAGGAUUGAUAGAGCUAUUUGAGGAGCGUCGUCAGAUAUUUGAGAUUUGAUUUUCCUUUACUUUUCUCUUUUUGGAUGUUUAUCGUGGAUGUUAUCUUUAUUUGUCACUAGUAUGAGACAGUAUUUGAUAAUUUGAAUGACUUUGAUUGUGCUUGAA